CCAUCAGUUCUCCCUCCCUUCCUCUUCUCCCUCCCACCUUACCUCCUCCUCUCACUGUCACUGCGCUUCUCGGACUGAGGUGGGUCUUUUUAACACUCUCUCCCAACUCUCCUUUUACUCUUUACUCGGGACGUGAUGAGGUUAACAGCACUGUGCAUCUGUGGGACCCUGCUGGCCUUCACGAGUCUCUCUUGGACCACGGUGGACUCUGAUGAAGGCGACCUCCUGGAGUACGAUGGAUUUGGGCCCUGCGCCGCAACUCUGAGAGCUGAGGGGCCGUGCAGACAUGGGCAGGAUGAGACUACGUGCCCCUACCUAUUCAGUAUGCCGCCGCUGACUGUCUAUUUGCCAAAGCAGCUCAGUGAGCUGGAGAAGAUCGUAGAGGAUCUGCAGAAGCUAAAGGACAAUGUGGAUGAGCUGCGGAGGAUGUGCGCAGACUGUACAGUAAGCCAAACUGAGAGAGAGUGUGGAAGGCAGAGCGAAAGAGAGCAUGAAAAGCUGAAUGAGAAAGGUACGGAAAGACGCAAGGAUGAGAGGAACUCACCGAACGAGAGAAAUCCUGAGAGAUUAAAAGAAUUCAGACAGGAGUGUGGGACAGACAGGCUUAAACCAGGAAAGUCUAUGAAAGGAGAUGGUGACACUGACUCCAGAAAAAGAACAACUUUGGAAGAGAAAGGGAGAAAGAGGUGGGAAACAGAAAGAGAGAGCAAUAAAGGGGUCAUAAAAGAAAAUGAGGAUGAAGAAACCCGAAAAGCAGUUGCAGAAAAUGAUGGAAAAACUCAGAGAGAGGGGGCAAAAGGAAAGGAUGAAUUAGGGCAGGCAAAGGUGCCAACUGCUGGUGGAAAUGAAAGAAUAGUGGAUAUUGUCAGAGAAAAGGUUGUUGAAAGAAAUAACAAAGAGAGAGAGACAGACAGGAAUGAAGAAAAGGGUGGAAGAGGGAUUUCAAAGGGAGAUCAAGAGGAUAUGUUGGAGAGCGGAAAAGAGAGGAGGAUUACAACUAAUAUAAAAAAUAAGGAGAAAAAAGAAGAAAGUGACCGUCACGUGUGGCGAGACAAAACAAAGGAAGCGGAGAGAAACACCCAAACAGAGGAAGACGGGGGCAGUGAUGGAAUAAAGAUGUCUGUGGACCUUGGUGAGCAUACAAAUAAGGAGCAGGAGCAGAACAGGGAGGAGAGGAAAAAGGAAAUGGAAAGGGGAAUAAAAGUGGAUCGAAAUAAUGAGAAACCGAAACAGACUGAGAGCAUUGGGCGCGCAGAAAAAGAGAAGACUAUAAAAGAGGGGGCGGUGGAGGAGGAGGAGGAGAGGGAGAUCAAAACAGAAGUAGGGAAAACAGUCCAGAGUGUACAGAGAGACAGUGAUGGAGAAUUAUCAUCCAGCAAGCCAAUCGAGAGGACAGACUUUGUUUCAAUCAGGCCAACCCCUCACUUUACCAUGACUGUAGCUCCGAGGCACGACUUCAAGGACUCAAACGAAGCUGAAACCUUUACGUCAUCUCUUCCAUCUCCUCCUGCGUCCAGCUCAACUUCACGUUUGCUCACAGGUGUUGAUCAAGAGAUGACAAUAACUGCUGGCGGGCUAACAACUCAAAGCAAAGGCCUUGGAGCAGCUGGCAAUUCUGAGCACCCGCGCUCUAAUGCAGAGGCCGGUGUUCGGACCACAAGUAGGCCGGCAAUAACAGCCACAGUCGGCACACUUGGUGGCCCCGUACAGCAGAUAACCAGAGCCGCUAGUAGGGUCACUUCUACAACCAGCGCAAGACCUGGGGCAGGCCUCCAGGGGCGAGUUAGCUCAACUAUGGUAACUGCAACCACCACGACUCCUCAUCAGAAUUUAUACACAACUACAUUCCCAGGAGUCGCAGGCCGCAGUCGUUGGACAGCCAAAAAGAACAUCAGCUCAAACACUAAAACUGGAGUAAAACCUCUUCCAGGCCGUGGACCAAAGCCCGGUGAAAAUCAUAAACCAGCAAUUAAGCCUGAAGUAGACCGAAGGCUUAAAAAACCUAAGAAUGACCGUAAACCUGAUCAAGCUCCUUUGCCUGACAAAAAGACAAAACAUGACCAAAAGCAGAGGCCUUCUCACCAAAAACCUACAACGGACCAGAGAUCUAAUCCUGACAAAGGCCCAAAACGAGACCAAAUUCCAAAACCGGACCAAAGACCUCCGACUGAUAAUUUACCAACUGAUCAAAGUAGAAAUAAUAUUCCAACACCUAAACUUGACCAAGAAGAUACAACUGAUCAAAACCAGUUACCGGUCCAGAGGCCUACAUCACAUCAGAGACCUGAAACUCUAAACAGAACUGGUUCUGACAAAGGCCCUCGAACUGACCAAGACCCUGAAAUCCCAAGUAAUAAUCAAAACUCGAAAAAACCUCUUCAUCCUCUGAAAACAGACAAGCUUGACCAGGAGCAAAAACCUCACAAAAAGACAAAAAGUGAAGAAAAAACUAACCCAGAUCAAAGGUCAACAAUAAACCAGUAUGUUCCAUCUGCUCAAGAGCCUGAACCUGAAAGAACUAAAACAGCUAGCUUCACGCCUAAACCAGAGCAAAAUCCUGUAAGAGAAGUGUUUGAAAACCCUGGUGAAAAUCCUUCACCUGACCCUAAAUCUGUUCAGCACGAAUCACCUGGACAAAAGCUUAAACCUGAUCGUACCCAGAUCAAACCCUCAGAGCAAAAGCCUAAACCCAACCAAACACCAAAAACUGAAGGAAAACAAAAACCUGAUCAAAAGACAAAAAUAAACCAAUAUGUCCCCUCUUAUCACGAGUCUGAUCCUGAAAGAGGUGAAACAGCUAGCUUCAAGCCAAAACCAGACCAAAAUCCUGCAACAGAAUUUGAAGAAACUUCCGAAAUAAAUCCAACGACGGAGCCUAAAUCUGUCCAAGACUUAUCACCUGGACAAAAGCUCACACCUGAUCGUACCCAGAUCAAACACUCUGAUCAAAAGCCUAAACCCAACCACAAGCCAAAAGCUGAGGGAAAACAAAAAACAGAUCAAAGGUCAACAAUAAACCAAUAUGCACCAUCUGUUCAAGAGCCAGAUCCUGAAACAAGUGACACCGUGAGCCUCACGCCUAAACCUGACCGAAAACCUGUAACAGAACUGUUAGAAAACCCUGAUGAAAGUCCUUCACCUGAGCCUAAAUCUGUCCAAGACUCCUCAUCUGGAAAAAAGCUUACACCUGAUCGUACCCUGAUCAAACCCUCUGAUCAAAAGCCUAAAACUCACAUAAAGCCAAAAACUGGAGAAAAACAAAAGCCUGAUGAAAGGUCAACAAUAAACCAAUAUGUCCCCUCUUAUCAAGAGCCUGAACCUGACCGAAAACCUGUAACAGAACUGUUAGAAAACCCUGAUGAAAGUCCUUCACCUGAGCCUAAAUCUGUCCAAGACUCCUCAUCUGGAAAAAAGCUUACACCUGAUCGUACCCUUAUCAAUCCCUCUAAUCAAAGGCCUAAACCCAACCAAAUACCUUCCACAGAAUUUGAGGAAAAUUCUGAAAUAAAUCCAACAACGACAGAGCCUAAAUCUGUCCAAGACUCCUCAUCUGGAAAAAAGCUUACACCUGAUCGUACCCUGAUCAAACCCUCUGAUCAAAAGCCUAAAACUCACAUAAAGCCAAAAACUGGAGAAAAACAAAAGCCUGAUGAAAGGUCAACAAUAAACCAAUAUGUCCCCUCUUAUCAAGAGCCUAAACCUGAAAGAACUGAAACAGCUAGCUUCACACCAAAACCCAAACAAAAUCCAGGAACAGAAUCAUUAGAAAGUCCUGAUACAAAUCCUUCGCCUGAGCCUAACUCUGUCCAGGAGCCAUUGCCAGGACAAAAGCUCACACCUGAUCGUACCCAAAAACCUAAACCUGAUCAAAAAUCAAAAUUAAACCAAUAUGUCCCAUCUGUUCAAGAGCCUGAUCCUGAAAUAAGUGAAACAGUGAGCCUCAAACCUAAACCCAACCAAAAACCUGCAACUGAAUUUGAGGAAAAUUCAUAUAUAAAUCCUUCGCCUGAUCCUAACUCUGUCCAAGACUCAUCAUCUGGAAAAAAGCUUACACCUGAUCGUACUCUGAUCAAACCCUCUGAUCAGUUACCCAAACCCAAGCAAAAUCCCAAAACUGAAAGAAAACAAAAACCUGAUGAAAGGUCAUCAAUAAAUCAAUAUGUCCCCUCUUAUCAAGGGCCUGGAUCCGAAAAAGGUGAAACAGCUAGCUUCACACCAAAACCCAAACAAAAUCCUGAAACAGAAUCAUUUGAAAGUUCAGAUCCUUCGCCUGAGCCUAACUCUGUCCAGGAGCCAUCGCCAGGACAAAAGCUUACACCUGAUCAUACCCAGAUCAAACCCUCUGAUCAAAAGCCUAAACCUCACAUAAAGCCAAAAACUGGAGAAAAACAAAAACCUGAUCAAAAGUCAAAAUUAAACCAAUAUGUCCCAUCUGUUCAAGAGCCAGAUCCUGAAAGAAGUGAAACAGCUAGAGUCACACCAAAACCCAAACAAAAUCCUGGAACAGAAUUAUUAGAAAGAUCAGAAAUAUUGACGUCGCCUGAGCCUGUCCAAGACUCAUCAUCUGGACAAAAGCGCCCACAUGAUCGUAACCUGAUCAAACCCUCUGAUCAAAAGCCUAAAAAUCCCAAGACUGAAGAAAAACAAAAGCCAGAUCAAAGGUCAACAGUAAAACAAACUGUCCCAUCUGUUCAAGAGCCUGAUCCUCAAAGAAGUGACACAGUUAGUCUCAAGCCUAAACCAGACCAAAAUCCUGGAAGAGAAUUUGUUGAAAAUUCUGAUAGAAAUGCUUCGACUGAGCCUAAUUCUGUCCAAGACUCAUCACCGCGAGAAAAGCCUAAACCUGAUCGUGCCUUGAUCAAACCCAAACCUAGCCAGAAAACCCCUAAAAUACACCAAAAGCCUAAACCUGGGCAACCACCUAAACUUAACCAAAAACAUCCAGACCCUACAAAAGGCCAGAAGACUAAGCCACAUGUGAAGCCUAAACCUAAUCAAAGACCACAAACAAAUCAAGAAUUUAAAACACCUCAGCCUGACGAAAUGCCCGACCUUAACCCCAAAUCUGUGCCUGACGAAAUCCCUGGAGCAGAAUCCAACAAAACAUCCAAACCCAGACCACCAACCAGACCCAGAGUGAGGCCAGGAGCAACAUCUUUUCAAAGGCCAAAACCAUCAGUGCAACUAAAGCCAAGUCCAGAGACCAAAACAGAUCUAGAUCCACCUCAAAUCACCAGGACGACUACAGAUAGCAUCCAAAACUCUCAAACUGACAUGCCACCUGCAUCUGGCCAUAAAAAACAGACUGCUGACGUGACUCAUUCCCCAGGAGAGACAGAGUUCAGUCCCAGCAGGAUGAAAACUAUCACUCUGGGUCCAAAAACCUCCAACAGCCUGGAGACUGGACCCUUCCCUCGCCUUCACGCUCCCCCUGAAGGUUUCACAAUGAGCCCAAACAGCAGGGUUACGUCUGAUCUGAGGCCACAAACAGUCGGUCAACCACCAUCGAUCCCAAUGACAACAAGACCAAACAAAUUCAUGCACGGGAUCCUCCCAAGUGUUAUCCCUAGCACCAGUCCAGGAUCCACAAAGCCAAGUGAAGCUUCUGAUAGUGUCUCCAGGAUACAACCUAAGAUACUUCACAAUAUGGAGGAAACAGCUCCCAGACAAACUCCAGAUCCAGACAAAACGCUGAUUGCGGUCCCUUCACCCAGUGCUAAAACUACCUCCACAACCAGCCCAGACUUCGGGUCAACCAGCCCUGCCACCUCUGGCCCGGAGCCUCUUGCACCUGAAGCUUCCACUCCCAGUGCACGUGAGCUGCGAGUGAAAAUCAACCAGGUGGCGGCUUUCUUCAAUAACAGCCUGAGUCCUAAUGGAAGAGUGACAGACAGACAACCCAUAGAGAGCCCAGAGGACAACGAGGGAGGCAGCAGGCCUGACAGGACAGACAGCAAACGACCAACAUUACCAUCUAAAGGUACCUCGCUGAGGAGAGACUGCUCUGACUACCUGCUCAGGGGCGACACAAAGAGUGGGGUGUACCUGGUGACCCCUGACCUCCGCAGCAGGAGCUUCUCGGUCUUCUGUGACAUGGAGCUGGAUGGAGGAGGGUGGACGCUCCUGCAGCGCCGUCAGGACGGCAGCGUGAGCUUCAACCGCACCUGGGAUGAGUACCGAUCCGGCUUCGGGGAGCUGGACGGAGGGGAGUUCUGGCUGGGCAACAACAUGAUCCACGUGCUGACCCGGGACAGGGACAUGAUGCUGCGGGUGGAGCUGGAGGACUUCGACGGGGUGAUGGAGUACGCAGAGUACGAGCAGUUCAAGGUGGCGAGCGAGCGGUGGCGCUACAGGCUGUCGGUGGACGGGUACUCAGGUACAGCAGGUGAUGCUCUGCGCUUCAGCAAGAGUUAUGACCACAACAACAGGGCCUUCACCACCCCGGACAGGGACCACGACCGCUACCCGUCCGGGAACUGCGGGGCCUACUACAGCUCCGGGUGGUGGUUCGAUGCCUGCAUGGCUGCAAACCUCAACGGGAGGUACUAUGUGGGGAAGUACAAGGGGGUCCGGGACGGGAUCUUCUGGGGGACGUGGCGUAACAUAUCCACAGAGUAUUACCCCACCAAUGACAGACAGUCCUUUAAAACUGUCAGGAUGAUGAUCAGACCAAACGGCUUCAGACCGUGAGACUCUCUGCUGAGGCGUGUUGGACAACAUAAACUUUAACCAGAAGCUCCUGAGAUGCUCUUUACAGUUUAAUGUUUUAUCUACACACUUAUCGUAUCCGCUAUUAAACACAAUGCUGCCGCCUUGUGGUGUUUGAUUCUGCAAUACUUUAUUAUUUGUUUACAGGAGACAAUGACAAUAGCUGAGGAUGUACAUAGUUACAAAAGUUGUAGUGCGAAUUACAUAGUACUGUGUUUAUAACCUUAAUAUGUUAUAUGAUUUUUAUUUUUUAUUUUGAGAGUGUAUUUUGUUUAUGACGAGAGAGAGAGAGCCUCUUGUAAAGGAUUAUUUCUCAUUGGAUCUGACGGGUAUGCAGCAACAGAGACUGAUAUAUAUUUUUUUUUUACUACAGUACUGGAAAGUCAGUUGAUGGUUGAUGAAAGUUGUUGGGAUGUUUUGUAAUUAAGUUUGAUUUGUUAAGAUGAAUAAAAUAAAUGGAAAGAACUUUUUUUUUUUUAAUGUUUGGU